AGGCCGGCGGAGAGUCCGCCGCAGAGAUGGCCCAGGCGAAGAUCUCGGUGACGGAGAGCCAGUUCAGGUGCCCCAUCUGCCUGGACAUCCUGAAGGACCCGGUGUCCAUCCCCUGCGGACACACCUACUGCAUGGGGUGCGUCAACUGCUACUGGGACCAGGCGGAGUCGGGCCAGUUCAGCUGCCCUCAGUGCCGGGAGGCGUUCAGCCCUCGGCCGGUUUUGCGCAGGAACACGGUGCUCGCCGAGGUCGUCGACAAACUCAAGCCCAGCGAGAUGGGCACGGCGCCGGAGCUUUACCUGGUGGGAGCCGGGGAAGUGCCCUGCGACUUCUGCCCGGUCGAGAGCAAGCUGAGGGCCGUCAAGUCGUGCCUGGUCUGCCUGGCGUCCUUCUGCGAGGUCCACGUCCUGCCGCACCGGGAGGUCGGCACGCUGCGGCGCCACAAGCUGGUGGCCGCGGUGGAGUGCCUGGCGGAGCGGCUGUGCGCCCAGCACCGCCUGGGUCUGGAGCCCGCGGGGGGCGGCCCCGAAGCGGAGGCCGCGGUGGAGUGGAGCGGGGACUGCCCGCUGUGCGAGGCCGACCGGGAGGAAGUGCACAACGGGGACGCCCAGAGAGCCAGGAGACAGCUCCAGCUCCAGGAGUCCCAGAGGACGUGUCAGGGGAGGAUACGGAUUGGGGAGAGAGAGAGAGAGGAGUUUAAACAAAGCCUAGAGUCCCUCAAGGUGACAAACACACACACACACACACACACACACACACACACACAGACAAGGUGGCCACUCUUCCUCUUUGCCAGUCCCGGCAUACCAGUUGAAAAGACAAAGGCUGUGCGAGCGAGGCUGGAGGCGAGGGAGCGAGCGGCGGUGGGGAGGGCCGAACGCGACAUGGAGAUGCUGGAGAGGGACCUGGAGGAGCUGCGGAGGAGAGAUGAGGAGAUCGGUCGGCUGCUGCGAACCGAAGACAACACACAUUUCUUACAGGCGGCUCCACUGCUGUGCGUCCCCCUCACCGCCGGUCAGCACCCCAGAGCCCUCAGCCUGCCCGCAGAGGCCUUCAGCGGCGCCAGGAGAGCGCUGUGCCAACUCCGCAGCCGAAUGGAGGAGGUCUGCAGGGAGGAAGUGGACAAGAUCAGCCGUGCAGUUAGUGAGAACUACAUGUCUGGUGGAGAGUGUGUAAAAGGUGCCGGAAAUCUGAGAGUGGAAAACGCCAAACCUCAGCAAAUGCAGACACCUGCAGGGCAACAUACUAAUAGGGCAGUGCCAGUGUCAUUCCCUCUGUCCUCUUUGUCUCUGCAGCCGGCUGAUCAGAGGAUGAGGGCAGCUUUCCUGCGGUUUUCUUGUCGUCUGUCCUUGGACCCCGAUACGGCCCACCCUACUCUGAUUCUUCUGGAGGGGCCCCAGGGCGCCCACUGUGGCGAGGAGCCGCAGUCCUACCCCCCUCACCCCCAGCGCUUCGAUUCAGUGGCCCAGGUCCUGUGCAGGGAGGGCCAGUUCGGCGGCGCCAGCUACUGGGAGGUGGAGUGGCGGGGCGGGGGAUGGAUCGACAUCGGCGUCACCUAUCGAGGUAUUGGGCGCAAAGGUGGCGGAAAACCCUGCCUGCUGGGGCGCAAUGAGAACUCCUGGCGGCUGAGGUGUACGCACGCCGGAUAUGCCGCCUGGCACGACAACCGUAAGACCACGGUGGCUGCGCCGCCCUGCCCCAGGAUCGGCGUGUUCCUGGAACGCCAGAAAGGGGUGUUAUCCUUCUACAGCGUGUCGGACACAGUGGUGCUCCUGCACACGUUUCAAUGCCUGUUCUCUCAGCCACUGUACCCGGCCUUCCGCCUAGACCUGGACUCCACCCUGCUCAUCUGCCCCCAUGAGGGAGUCAACGGAAACCCAUUCUAGCCUUCCCUCCCUCCUCCGUCCAGGACCUUUCAUGUAGCUACUGCAGGAAGGGGCUGUUCGCUCCGCUCAUGGAUACGAACAUUCAAAAAUAGAAGCAACAACAUCAUGACGAAGCAUCACAGUCGGGAAUCGAACAGUUUUCUUUUUCCAUACAUGUCUGUCUGCAUAUUUCCUCCCUGUCGGUGUCUCCGGUGACAAAAACAUAUUUUUCUUUGUUUUUUUAAAACAAAUCCUCUUAAUUGUAAAAUGGGUCAGAUGGACUGAGCCGUGUGAUGCACAUUGUAGCCGACUUUUUCGCGUUGCGCGUUGUGACCCGUCCUGGUAGGAAAAGCCCAGGUUUUGCUAAUAACGCGCGGGUGUCCCAGGAAACCACCACAGUGUGACAGUGGGCCGGCAUGCAAAAUGUCAGGACCACGGAACUGAAACACCUGAAGGGAAUUCAGCCACCAUUCGUUUUUGCUACUUACACCUGCGCUUUUCCAACCGUGACGUGCAAAGCGUCUUCCGUGGAAAAAGGCCCAUUCAAGACAGACUGGCUGAGCAAAAAAGUGCAGUGGAGGAUUGAAACUUGUGAAAACCAUCCACUUUGAUGGUUCGAUACUAAAAAGUAUUCACCCCUGUUUGUGUUUUUAUAUUGUUUUCUUUUUCGUAAAAAAAAAAGAAAAAAAAGAAAAUAGUUGCAAGUACAUUUAUUGGAAAUGUUUUGUAUCAGAGGGUGGAUUUUUUUAUUUUUACUUUUUUAUUUUAUUUAGCGCUCUACAACGACAGGCUGAAUAUUUGGUACCUGCGACUACUUGAAUACCCACAGCGAGAGAUUUUUCUGAAUCGGCCUCGCUGCCAUGUGAUAUGGGAAACCUCACUCAAGUUUUCUUCAUAAUGAAAAUGUCACCUGUCAAAGUGGCCUCAGCUCCAGAUCUAGACAAACUAAAUGCCUUAUUAUUGUAGUGAAUGUUUUUCUUUGGGGUGGUGUCUGUCAUGUUUUUUUUUUUUUUUUUGGGGGGGGGGUCAUCUGGGGUCAUUUUCUUUUCAGGUGGGUGAGCUUUUGUGUACAACACACUGCCGGUCUGUCUUUAAAGUAGAAUAGCAUGAAUUAAAAAAACAGUUUGAUAUAUCCGGGAAAUGUGCUUCUUCGCUUUCCUGUCGAGGGUUAAAUGCGAAGAUUGACGCCGCCCUCGUGUCCGUACAGUAGCUAAGCUACUCUCAGCGGCCGGCUAGCUUAGCUUAGCGCAAAGACUGGAAGCAGAGGGGAGAGAGCUAGCCUAGCUCCGUCUAAAGAUAGCAAAACUUCUUACUUUUACACUUUGGCCUCAGCAACAGUGAGUGCUGAUGAGUGUGCGUUAGAGCGGCGGGUAGCUCCGAUUUUGUUAC